AUGUCCCAAUUCCACAUCCACGACACAGACCUCGCCCCCCUCAAAGACAGAACCGUCCUCCUCACCGGCGGCUCCUCAGGCAUCGGCCUCGCCACAACCCAAGUCCUCCUCUCCGCCGGCGCCUACGUCGUCGUCGGAGACACGAACCCCUGCCCCAUCACCCACGCCCGCCUAACCUUCAAGCCCACCAACGUAACCAUCUGGCGCGACCUCCUCGACCUCUUCGCACUCGCCCAAGAAAGACACGCCCGGAUCGACCACGUCUUCGCGAACGCGGGGAUUUCGGGACGCACGAACUAUCUCGACGAGGUGUUUGACGAGGGCACGGGGGAAUUGAAGGAGCCGACGAGGGCGGUUUAUGAGAUUAAUCUGAUGGGGAUGAUUAAUACGUCGUAUCUGGCGCUGCAUUAUAUGCGGCGGCAAGAUCCUCCGGGGGGAAGUAUUGUUUGCACGGCGUCGGGGUCGUCGUUUCAGCGUUUUGGCGUGAGUGAUUAUACGACUACUAAACAUGGCGUGCUUGGCUGGAUGCGUGGCGUGGUGCCUAACCUUCUCUCUGAGAACAUCCCCGUGAGGAUAAACUGCAUCGGCCCCUCUUGGACAAUCACAGGUCUGGUUCCGCAGGAUCUCGUGGAUAAGGCGGGGGUCGAGUGGCAGCCGGCGGAGGCUGUGGGUAGGCAGGUGGCGUAUUUGAUGAGCGAUGGGGCGAGGAAUGGGCAGUUUAUUUAUUCGAGCGGAGGGAGGAAUUAUGAGAUUGAGGAGAGUGUGCUUUUGCCGGCGGCGAGGAAGGCUUGUGGGGUCGCGGAGGUGCAGGUUAAUGAGCAGGAGGCUUUUGAGAAGCUGAAGCAGUUGGCUAAUGAGAUUGGCUUCAAUGAGGGACAGAAGGCGAGUGCUUCGUAG